GAAUGGGACAAAGCGAAACCUUACUUUAUUCUGAAACUUUGCAUUUACUCAAAUGGGUUUUGCGGGACGUUGGUACCAAGUGUUUGAAUGUUGUCGCUCAGAAGUGGAAAAUAUUUCAUGCAUUUGCAUCCAGACUACAGGCUGCUCAGCUGGCACUUGGAGGAGGCUGAGAGACAAGUGACAAUAGCACAAAGAAAACAUCUGUUGAUUUGGGGUCACGCUGCCAGGACAGAUGAUUUUAAUGUCCACAAAUCUAACAAUUGGUGACAGAGUGUCUGAUGAAGAUGUCUUCAUUAGUGGCCUAUGAGGAUUCAGAGUCAGAGGGUGAAUCUUUGGACCAAGCGGAGGACGGAGCAUCACUCUCUGUCCAAACUGGACCUCGUGAUCAAAACCAAGUGCGUGAGGACUCAAAGGAAACAGCCAGCGCUCAAAGUUUCACCCCGGACCAGACUCUGUUGGAAUAUCAUGGAAGUACCUCAGGGAGAAGCAGUUCCUCACUACAGAGCCGCUCUGAUCGGGAGGUAAAGUAUUGUAGUCGCAGGUCAGCGCAAUCUGAGCAUUUUGGAGACACUGCAGCUUCUCCGAGUUUACAUGCAACUCAGGAGAAGAUCCCCCCAUGGCAGUCUCUUCCUCACAUGCCACAAAGCAGCGGUGAUGGGUUGAACCCGGCGAAAAGGCACCACAGUCUCCCGUCCGGUGUCAGGCCGUACAUCCCCAAGAGACAGAGACUUGCCACUUCGGUAGGGACUGUGGACCCAACGUGUCCAGCAGGGCCGGUCCCAGGGAGGCUGAGCAGGGAGAACCAAAUUCUCUCAGAUGUGUCGGCGAGAGUGAAGCCGUAUCUCGCUCGCAAGCUCGACGCCGCAGGGAUACCGAGGAAGCUUCUGAUGAGCCUGGGAGGCCACCAGGGCCCGGUCAACACCGUGCAGUGGUGUCCUGUUCCUCAUCGCAGUCACCUGCUGCUGUCGGCCUCCAUGGACAAGACGUUCAAGGUGUGGGAUGGAGCGGAGAGCGGACAAUGCCUCCGGGUGUACACCUGCCAUUCGGGAGCUGUGCGUGACGCCUGCUGGACCCCCUGCGGGCGACACCUUCUCACUGGGUCAUUCGACAAUACGAGUGUGAUCACAGACGUGGAGACGGGGCAGCACAUAGUGAGAUUGGACAACGAGUUCAAGGUGAUGUGUGCAGCGCUGCAUCCCAGCAGCCCCGACGUUUUCCUGUGCGGAGGUCACAGUUCGGUGGUCAAGGCCUGGGACGCUCGCAGCCGCAAGAUGGUGAAAAUGUACAAAGCGGGGAUCCAGCAGACCUUGGACAUUCUGUUUCUGAGAGGAGGUGUGGACUUCAUAACAAGUUCCGACUGCGUGAGCAGAGACUCUGCGGACCGAACCCUCAUCGCCUGGGACUUUCAGACCACGGCCAAGGUCUCCAACCAGAUAUACCAGGAGAGGUACACGUGCCCCAGCCUGGCGCUCCACCCACUGGAGGAUUCCUUUGUCGCCCAGACCAACGGGGACUACAUGGCAGUGUUCUCCUCUCAGCGGCCCUAUAGGAUGAACAAGAGGCGGCGAUACGAGGGACACAAGGUGGAGGGAUAUGCAGUGAAGUCUGAGUUUUCUCCGGAUGGAACUAUACUGGCCUCAGGGAGCGCCACGGGCUCUGCUCACUUCUACGACUACCACAACACCCGGAUGCUGCACGCCGUCCACGCCCACAGGCAGCCCUGUUUGUGUGUGGCUCAGCAUCCCAUCCUGCCAGCAACCGCGGCCACCUGCGACUGGGCUGGUGAAAUCAAAGUCUGGCACUGAGGACUGGACGACCAAGUAAAUACGGCACGGUAAAAAAAGCAGGUUUGCCAAGAUACAGACUACAAUAAACUAGCAACUCAUGCGCACAACCCUUUUCAAGACUUUGUCCCACGUAAUCUCUUGGCAUAAGAGGAUAAGAACUUCUUUCUACGCCUUUUGAAAAACAGUUUUUUUCCACACUGUGUAUUUUGUAGUGCUUCAUAUUAUUUUAAAACCACCCACAUUCUCGUUACCAUUGAUAUGAACUGAUACUGGCACAAGAACCAUCACUAUUGGAUAUGCGUGUUAUUCAUAUUUGGCCCAUCUCGCAUUGUUUUAAUAUCCCGAAAUCAGGAAAGUCACACUGCAGGAGAUCAAAGGAAGUUUCUUUACAGUUCAAAGAGUGAACUAUUGUUGUGAGUUUUAUCUAAAGUGGUAGGCGGUGGGGAAGCUGUCUCGCUGCGCACACACACACCACCUCAAUGCUUUUAUAGUCGGCUUUCCACUCCAAAUACAGCCAGGGGACAUCACAAUCGUCAUUAUUAUGUUGCUACAAAAAGAAUAACAUGUACAAAAAGAAAAACAUGUCUUAGGGCAUUUUCUAAUCAGACGUGUUUUUCAUUGAGAAUUCUGCACACACAUCACUGUCCUCUUUGCCUUUUUGUUCUCGUUGGCUCCGAUAUGACUUUCCCUUUUCACUGACAGCUUAGAGCAUUGCCGAGACAACCAAAGAUCUUUAAACAAAAAAAACUAAAAGCAGGCUGACGUCUGUCAAAGCACUGCCAGGUUCUUCCACCACCCUGCCAGUCAACAACGGAGCAGCAGAGUGCAGACAGAAGCUCAUAAUCUUUAUUCAGUAUCUAGUGGAACAGUCCUUAAAAUACACAUUGCUGUUAAGCUGUAAGGCAACUUCUAAUGGCUCAAUACUUUUUUCGCCUUUUUCCGGCCCCUGCGGCGGUUGUUUAUGGUCAAUAAAAGUUAAACUGACAUUGUGAAGGAUCACUAAGCAAUUCCACACUUGUGGAAACUGCUGCUCUUUUGUGUUGCUAACAAGUCUAGAAGAAAAUUGGUGUUAAAAACCCAUGUCAUACAUGUCAGGGAAGAGAGUUUUUAAUUUUGAGAACCUCCUCAGGAAAGAAAUGGAAUGGAUUUCCUUGAUGGUAAGUAUCCUGAUUGUUAAUUUUUCACUAACCGGAGGUCAUUCCAUUAAUUAUUAAGAUGAUAAGAGGAAGUUAAAGACAAAAAGUGUUAUAUUGACUGUUUGUAGAGUAUGAGGAAGGAUCUUUUGGGAAAAUUACUUCAGACGAUUUUCGCCUACGGCAGUUAUAAUCUUUCAGUCACAAAAAUUUUUAUUCCUUGAAACUCAAUAGAAAUUUGUUCUAAAGGGAACAGAGGGAGUCGGGCCAUGAUGGAAGACAUAACAAGGCAUAAAAAAGUAAAAACAAAUACACUUAAGACAAGGUUCAACACUUCCCUAGCUAAUCACUGCUCCAUGCUGACCUUUGCAAAAGAGCAGAAAAUUGAACUGGAUAUUGGAAUGAAUAUCGUAUCUUGACAGAACAACAAACGUCCACAUCUAAGAAACUAAGGAAAAAAUAAAUAAAGUGACAUGAGAUUCAUACACCAAUGAAUCUCGUGCACCAAUUUGAAUUGCAGGAAAUGCAUUAAAAGUGCUGAUGUAGACAGAACUUGUCAUCCAUGAAAUUUAUUUAAAAAGUAACUGCAGCCAUCCCCAAUAUCUAGGAUCUCCAAGGUUCAACGUCCUUGAAAAAGUAAAAUGAUUUCUGGAAGUCUGCGAUGUAUUUCCCAACACCCAUCUUUAUUAAGUAAAUAAACAUACAGCAAAAAUAUAUAACCAUGCAUCAGACGGACAAUCAUGUCAACAUUUAGACAGCUGGCCUGUUGUUGUUGGAACAGGGCAGGAGGUAGGACAGAAACACUUCUCCUCUUCAUUCAGGGUCAAAACAUUCAAUAAAUAUAACAUCAACCGAAAACAGAAUAAAAAAAGAGUCUAGGUGUAAUAGCGAGUGUGUAUGCAGUAUCUAUAUCUCUUUUUAUACAUUAUGUCACAAGGUCAAAAAGAAUAGAUGCAGUUUUGAAAUCUGUAUAAACAGCUUUAAGCCAGUAUCCAGAUCUGCAGGAAUGGGAGAGGUAGAAGAAGCAGGGCGUUCAACAAAAAACCCCACUCGAUGGCAAAGCUCAGCUCCUGUUUAGCUUAUCCCUGUCACCAUUCCUCUCAGAUUUAUAGAGCUACACAGGCAAGAAGAAAUCCUUCAAAAUCUGUCAUGCCAAAAACUUCUGCACAGACAUACCGUAUUUAAUGUUGUACUUUUGUCCCCAUCUAUACUCGUAACAUUAGCUUGUAGAAUUAAUGUGGGGUAGCAGGGCGACUUCUGCUUAACAAUUGGUACAGGACUUACAAAGACAGGUUCAGCGAGUCUUUGCCACUUUCUAUGUAUGUACGCACUGUAGAUAUAUGCACGCCGUCUAUUUUCACAGUGUUUUCUAUGCCUAACUGAGCAUGCUGGUGUAAAAACAACACUGACUGUACAUUUUUGUCUUGAA